AUGCUGGAGAUAGGAUACUCCAGGUGUAAUGCUGAUCAUUGUUGCUAUGUGAAGAAGUUCGGUAACUCUUUCAUUAUUUUACUGCUAUAUGUGGAUGACAUGCUGAUAGCAGGAUCAGAUGUCAAGGAGAUCGAGAGGCUCAAGGAUCAGCUAUCAAAGAGAUUUGAUAUGAAGGAUCUAGGAGAAGCGAGACAAAUACUGGGCAUGAAAAUCACGAGGGACAGGAAUGCUGGAAGUGAUCAUGACAAGAGGAGAAGUACUACUGGGUACGUGUUCACUUACGGUGGGACGGCCGUAUCCUGGAUUUCAAAGCUGCAGAAGAUAGUCACAUUGUCAACAACGGAAGCUGAGUACGUGGCAGUGACGGAGGCAGCCAAGGAGCUCGUUUGGCUGCAAAACUUUCUGAAUGAACUUGGGAGACCUCAAGAGGAUUUGGCUCUAUACAGCGAUAGCCAGAGUGCAAUCCAUCUGGCAAAGAACCCCGCGUUUCACUCGCGAACGAAGCACAUCGAAGUUAAGUAUCAUUUCAUCCGACAACUUCUAGAGAAGAAGAUGUUGCAGCUAAAAAAGCGCGCCAUGGCGUCGCCAUGGCGCGAGGCGAGGCGAGGCGGGGCCUUGUCGCCUCAGACCCUUGAGGCGAGGCGGGGUUCGAAAAGGCGUCGCCUCGGCUGUAGCGCUACAUAG